AACAAUCGAGGGUUGACUGUCGAGCAUCUGUUCGUUCCACGUCCAAUCGCCGGUCACGUGAAACCUAAAUGGACCUGUACUGUGCAAAAACGUUUUCGAAAAUGGCAGACACUUCUGUGAAGAGAAGUACAAGAGAAAUAAGCAACUUGUUUCCUUCAAAAGCUCUCGUGCUUCUAAUUGGGGCAUCGAAAGGCUUCGGGCGUUCUGUAGCCAUCGAGGCGGCAAAGAAAUGGCGACAAGUCCGAGAUCACGCAGAACUCAAAUUCGUACUCAUCGGCAGAGAUGAAAAUCUCAUGCAAGAGACUGGAGAGGCGGUGAAGAAAGAGUUGGAAACAGCUAAUUACUCCAUCCACAAACUUGAUGUAAGCGUCGUGGACGACGCAUUCGAGAAGCGCGUUGACGCUGUCUUCGCCUCAGAAUCCUUCGCAGAUUUCGAUGCAGUAUAUUUGAUUCACAAUUCAGGGUGGGUGCAGCCCACGUGUUACUUGCAGAAUGCGACGAGCAAGGACAUUCGCCGGUCGGUCAACCUCAACUUCACCUCGUUUUCCAUUUUGAACGCACGUUUUCUUCAUCGUCUUUUAGAGACUGUUUCUAGCAGCUCAAGCAGGCCAGGCGUCGUUCGCAUUCUUCAGAUCUCGUCCCUUGCAGGCCUUCAACCGUUCCCCUCUCUCCCGGUCUACUCCUCCGUCAAGGCCGCGAGGGACAUGCUCAUGCGUGUGGUAGCGGCGGAAAUGAAGGAAUGUAAAGAAAUGCAAAACUGUGACUUGAAAACGCUCAGCUGGGCUCCAGGACAAUUGGCUACUGACAUGAUGAAGGAAGUUCGAGAAUGCGAAGACGCAAACGUGCGCGCUGCGGCGUCGAAUCUGUCAUUCAACGUCGAGACAAGCCAUAGCGCGAGUUUGAUGUGGAAGGUUGUGGCAGCCGACACCUUUGAAUCGGCCGAACAUGUCGACGUUUUCGAUGUUAUCAAAUCCCUUUAA